CACCCCCUUUAUAGCGGGGCUGGCCGGACAGCGGCGUCUCACUUCAGCUUUUGCUCCUUGACAGCUGGAGACCCCUGCGGUGAGCGGCACACACUGAGCAAACGGCACUGAGCACUGGGGGAAAGAAAGUUGCAAAAAAGGCGUAUUAGAAGAGACUAAAGACCCGAGUAUGGCUACCAGCACGGCUACCUACGCCUCGCUGCGCUCCUACGCUCUUCUACACGUGCUGCCGUUCCUGUUGGCGAGCGCUGCGCAGCGAGAGGGGACUUUCUACUUGUGGAUCGAUGCGCAACAAGCCAGGACACUGAUAGGUUUCGAGGAAGAUAUUUUAAUUGUGUCCGAGGGAAAAAUGGCUCCGUUUACUCACGAUUUUAGGAAAGCUCAGCAGAGGAUGCCAGCGGUUCCUGUCAAUAUCCAGUACAUGAAUUUCACAUGGCAAGCCACUGGCCAGGCAGAGUAUUAUUAUGAAUUCCAGACUUUACGAUCUUUAGACAAAGAUGUCAUGGCAGACCCAACAGUGAAUGUGCCACUCCUUGGAACUGUUCCUCACAAACCCUCAGUCAUACAGAUUGGUUUUCCAUGCCUUGGAAAUCAAGAUGGUGUGGCUGCUUUUGAAGUUACAGUGAUUAUAAUGGAUGAAGAAGGGAAUGUUAUCCUUAGAACUCCACACAAUGCCAUUUUCUUCAAAACCUGUCAAAGAGCCAAAUGUCCAGGUGGAUGUCGAAAUGGGGGAUUCUGCAAUGAAAGGCAUGUAUGUGAGUGUCCAGAUGGGUUUUAUGGUCCACACUGUGAAAAAGCUCUGUGUGCUCCACGAUGUCUGAAUGGUGGAUUGUGUGUUAGCCCAGGCAUGUGCAUUUGCCCUCCAGGCUAUUAUGGAGUGAAUUGUGACAAAGCAAACUGCACUCGAACUUGUCAAAAUGGGGGGACCUGCUUUCACCCUGGAAAAUGUCUUUGUGCUCCCGGUUUUGAAGGUCAACAUUGUGAGAUCAGCAAAUGUCGUCAGCCAUGCAGAAAUGGUGGAAAAUGUAUCGGAAAAAAUAAAUGCAAAUGCCCAAAAGGUUUUCUGGGAGAUUUUUGUUCAAAAGGAAAUCGAGCUGGAGUGAUGACUGCCCAGAGAGCUGCAAGCGCCAAGCACAAGGUUCACCCUGCAUCCACCAAAGAUGUGGACAGUGGCAAAACUCAGCCUGAGACCAAUUACAUCUUGUGAGAAUGGAAUAUAGAGACAGCAUGACCGCAGGAGGUGCCCUACCAGCCUUUUAAUCUUUUCACUAUGA